AUUAAUAGACUCUGGCGGAGGAAACCGAGACUCAGACUGUGGAAUCUGUCCAAACCCCAAACUGCUGGGUUUUUGAACCCAACCCGAUCAGACUCCAAAGGGUUUUUCAUCGGAGUAUAGAGUAGGCUAAUUUCUCCUCGCAUCUGUGCACGUUAGUGCUGGGCGCCUGCAGGGUCGCCCUGGUAAUGGCCUGGCAGGGUGUCUUUCUCAGUAGGCCCCCGACUGCUGGAGCUUCUCUAAUUAACUAGGCUGCAGCACCCAUCGCUGGGGUACUGGUAAAGAGAAUGAGGAAGUAGCCUUAGAGUGUCACAGGUGGUUGGAUGGUUUUUUAGAACAAAAUAGCUCAGGGCAAUGGACUGGGGGGAUAGCUCCAGGUUUGGGUAUUUCUGGGGGCUUCAGACUGGGCUCCAAAAGAGCAAUUAAAUGGGUUACAGGAGGAAGACUAGGGUGAGAGGUACUGGGAGAGUGGAAGGGGCUUAAUAAUGCACUUUUCAGGCCAGGGAUGCAUGGAGCCCUACCAUCUGUCUGUUCCCACUGCCUUCCCACACCAACGUUUUUGUGUAUAAUCAUUAUGAUUGCAGUCAACAUUUGUUGAGCUCUGUGCUGGACACUGCUCAAAGUGCUUACUCCUCACAACACCAUAAAUUUCCUUUGUUGCUUCAGUUCCGAUUCCGGUACCCUGGUUCCUGGGCCUGCCAGAGUUCCGGUUCCAGAAGGCCCCUCCCAGGUGCCUUGGGCCUGCCUCCCACCCAGGCACAAGGCGACGCUGAAGACAUGGGCAAGAGCAUUCCCCACUACCUGAGACAUCUGGACAUCCGCAAAAGUGUAGUGAGCCUGGCCACAGGCGCCGGGGCCAUCUACCUGCUCUACAAGGCCAUCAGGGCUGGCAUAAAAUGCCAACCACCCCUCUGUUCCAACUCGCCCAUCUGUAUCGCUCGUGAGUGUCCGGGCCCUGGGGAGAGGGCUCUGCCCCAGGAGGCACCUGCUCCCGAGGCCUCCGAUGUGGGAGGGCCCAAAGGCCUGGCAAUUGAGCGAGAGCGGCAUGGGCGGGACUCAGGUGAGCUCCGGAGGCUUCUCAACUGUUUGGAGUGCAAACACGACGAGUACGCCAAGAGCAUGAUCCUGCACAGUAUCACGCGCUGUGUGUACUUGCUGGAGGCUGAGGCCUCUGCUUGUACUACUGACGACAUCAUGUUGGUGGGCAGCAUGCUGGAUGACAAGGACAACAGUGUCAAAAUCCAAGCUCUGAACUCACUUAAAGCUUUCUCUGGCAUCAGAAAAUUCAGGCUCAAAAUCCAGGAACACUCCAUCAAGGUCCUGGAACUGAUCUCCACCAUCUGGGACACGGAGCUGCACGUUGCGGGCCUCAGACUGCUCAACAACCUUCCCCUGCCUGACUAUGUGCACCCGCAGCUGCGACGGGUGAUGCCUGCCUUGAUGGAGAUCCUGCAGUCAGACUACAUCCUGGCACAGGUGCAAGUCAUACGGUUGCUGAGCUACGUGGCACAGAAGAACGACCUCCUCUAUGAUAUUCUCAACUGCCAGGUGCACCCCAACUUCCUGAAUCUGUUCCAGUGCACACAGCCAGGGAGUCUCCUGUUUGAGGUGCUGGUGUUUGCUGAGCGGCUGAGUGAGGGCCGGAAUGCAUCCCACUACCGCGCCGUGAAAUGGCAUUACAACGAACAGUCUCUGCACGAAGCCCUCUUUGGGGAUGAGUCGCGCCUGGCAGACCGACUGCUUUCUCUGGUCAUCCACCCUGAGGAGGAUGUUCAGAUCCAGGCCUGCAAGGUCAUAGUCAGCCUGCAGUGCCCCCCGGACUUGAGAGUCCGGCCCUCCUGCCAGUCCAGUCGUUCCUUCUUUAAAAGCAGGGAAUAAAAUUAUGGAGAGCCAAUAAAUGAGUAUGGGACAGAAGCUUGAAGCUUCUUAAA